CGGAUGCUUUGCUGAAGCUACAUGCGUGUAUUUCUAACGUUUUCAAUGUCAUGCCCUCUUGAAGUUUGUUCCAAGAUUUUCACCUCGAUGUGCGCGUGGACGCCUCCGGCCUCAAUAUGAGCGAGCCUAUUCAGACGUGCCCGAGCGCCCCAGAUGAACCUCCCCCUGACACCCCGCCGGCAUCAACCUCGAAAGUGGCCCGAGAAGAUUCGAAAGAUGAGCAGGAAAAUCCCUUUGCGCCGACCCUAGACUUGAAAUCGCUCACGGACCGCACGUUGCGCUUCUUGGCGACCGCAAGCAAUGAAACACUCGGCGCCUGUCUCGUAGGGCUCGGAGCGGGAACGUAUAUUGUACUGGGAAGAGUUGGACUGAUACUGAUUGGAGUUGUGGGUGGUGUGGUGCUACAUGCGACUUGGGAGGGUAGUCUAGCUGUCAAAGAUGGGGAAAGGGUACCAAAAGAGCUGAGGGUAGAUGUUGCACGCAGACUGCUGGAUUGGAGGGGGAGGGAUACUUCCGAGAAGAAGGCAGUGGACAACGAGGACGUACAAGUAGAUCUGAAGCUUCUCACUGGAAGGGAGCUGGAUUACUCGGACUUUCGACCAGAGACUGCCGCUGCAUUAACGGACCUUACCGACGCCGUUAUCAGAGACUACGUCAAAUGGUGGUAUUCACCCAUUCUACCCUCCGAACCCACCUUCCCCGCAGAAUGUCGCCAAACUCUGACCGCAUUCAUGAUUUCCGUAUCUUCUCAUCUUUCACGAAAACGACCUGCUGAUAGUUUCGUCGACUUCGUUACGCGCUCUUCGUCCUUUAUGAUCAUAAUCUUCCAAGAACUGUCUGUCGCCCUGGCCGCGUCUCCGAGCGCAUCGGUCGCUGAAGCCGUGGACGGUUAUCUCGAAAUGAAUCCAGAGUGCACAUUGGGGAAUAUCCUGGACAACAAGUACCAACAGAAACAGUUUGACAUGGCCGCCGAUGAUAUACUGCAGAGCUACUUGGACCCAAAGACAUACAACUGCAAGCCGGCACAAGUAUUCCUCCGGCAAAUACUAGCGAAGGUUGUCUUGGAGAAAAUCGUCGUGAGCUGCUCAAAGCCGGAGUGGAUCAACAGCUGGAUUGUAUACCUACUCGAAGAAGGCGAGCCGGAGCUCAUGCAUGCGAUUGAUGCUGGGGUUGAAGAGUCCUCUGGCCAGUUGCAGAACGUGAAAAGUGCUGUUGAUAAGGAGGAAAAGCUGGCAGAGGAAGCAGCGACUUCGGAGCAAAUUCGGCGUAAUCGUGCUGUCAGCAAAGCGCAAGAAGCUAUGGAUGAAGCUAUGCGGGAGGCACAGCGUCUGAGCCAGAUGAUUGCUGAUGAGGAAGCAAGAAAAUUGAAAGAGCAGGAGUGUGCUUUGACUGCCAGCCUGCAUGAUGAUAAAUCCGAGAGUACGACACAGGGGGUUGUUACGCCGACUUCAUCACAGAGCGAGACAUUGGGCUACUCCGAUGCCGCGGACCUGGGCAUAUCGAAUGUACCGGCUCAAACUCCCUCACAGAUUAAUGCGUCAUCACCGACCAAGGCAGAGGACUCGCCAAAACAGGAGGCCAAACGCGCCUUUACAAGUUUCGACCAGAUCGUGCCGAACCAGCCUCCCACAGCACUGAUGGCCAACCCACCUCCACCAUUGACUCUUCACAAUUGCAAAAUCUCAAUUUUUGAUGAUUCCGUACCAGGAGAGAAGGGCAAUAUCAAGAGCAAACCAACGGCAGAAUACUUGAUUCAGAUUGAGCCCGCUUCGAAUCACUAUUCCGGAUGGAUGACGGUGCGCAAGUAUACCGACCUUGAAACGUUGCACGAAGUCCUGCGAAGGAUAGCAAACAUUACAGGUACCUUUGGCUUCACGGAGGCACACUCGACGCUUCCCGUCUGGAAAGGUCAUACCAAGUCUUCUUUGCGAGGGGAACUGGAGCGGUAUCUCAACGAUGCUGUGAAGUAUAAGCCUCUUGCGGAAAGCGAGGGUAUGAAACGGUUCUUAGAGAAAGAGUCACAAGUCAGCAAGUCGCCUGGGAAGGGAUUUCCUGGUAUUGGUUGGCCGGGGCAGACCUUCGAGACUAUGGGAAAGGGCAUGAUUGAUGUAUUGACGAAAGCGCCUAAAGAGGUGGCAGGAGGAGGCAAAGCGCUCCUUGGCGGUGUGACGGGUGUGCUUAACAGCGUUGCGACGCCGCUUGGAGGUGCAAGGAGGAAUAGAGAGUCGGUUCCCACCGAUAUAGGAACCGUGAACCGCGCAACAACAGCGCCGAGUCCAUCCGCGCAACAGCCCAUACAAAAUCGCCACGGUCGUGCGGAGAGCACGGUGUCCGAACUGCCCACCCAUAUCAGAACCGAAAGUAUUAUGUCAUCUUUCAGUCGCCGCACUAGCACCGAUUCCCUUCGUGUACCCAACUCACCCAUCAUUGACCAACAGCCCCAACGUGAGGCUCCAAUGGAGCGCCGACCAAGCUUGAAUCCGGAUGGGGAUGGGAAGCGCUCUAAUCGUUCUUCUGUCUACGGUUCACGAAACAAUAGCCGUGCUCCCUCUGUUCGCGCAAGUAUGGAUCUCUCGCCCGUCAUGGGCGGAGAUCAAUUACUGAAUCUACCGCCUAUGCCGUCGGAUAUUCCAGAUGAUUAUGUCGGAAACGAGCCGCAACCUGCGCUCAAGAUGUCGUCAUCUACGACUUCGCUGCUUUUCCAGAAUGCCAGCGAUAUUCCGCCUCCACUUCCCCGGCGAACAUCAGCAACGAGUCUGACAUCACCUUCGUCCCUCAACAGAUCCCAUCCUCAACCUUCAAGAACUUUCCCAACGCACUCCAGUCACAAAUCCGCUCCAAAACAACGCAAACCGCAUGCGCCUCUCACCACUCAGGAGACCACUGUGCUUAUCGAGCUUUUCUUUGCCCUCACACAAGAACUCUACACUCUUUCCUCCGCAUGGCAAAUACGGCUUACCCUCCUCUCAGCCGCAAAGUCCUUCCUCCUCCGUCCUGGAAACCCACAACUCGCUUCUAUCCAGCAGCUCUUGCAAUCAACUGUCCUUGACGCAAAUACUUCCGAUAGCGCGAUUGCUUCCUAUAUCCAAAAAGUCCGACAGAACGCACUGCCGACGGAGGAUGAACUCAAGGCGUGGCCGGCCGAGAUGGACGAGGCUGAGAAGACGAAGCUGAGAGAGAAAGCGAGGAGGUUGCUUGUGGAGAGGGGAAUGCCCAUGGCACUGACGAGCGUCAUGGGGCAGGCGGCGAGUGGCGAGGCUCUCGGAAGGGUGUUUGAUGCGUUGCAGGUGGAGAAGGUGGCGAGAGGGUUUAUGUUUGGGCUUGUGGUGCAGGGGUUGAGAGGGCUUACGCAGUAAGCUAACGAUGAUGGUAGAUCCAAAGGGCUUGAAAUGAUGAUGAUCGGCAUGGGAGUGCUGUUUUGUUCUGGUCAUAGGUUACGGAUUGGUGUGGCAUGGCACAUAUGGGCAUGGAUUGCUAUGGGGGUUCACCGCGAUGAAUCUCUUGUUAGAGGAUGACUUAACUUUGCCAGCGCUGUAUGUUGCUUUGGUCUUCUGUGGCUCCUGCGGUGCGGUGCCGCAUGUAUAACUAAUGUAUUAUAUCUGAAUUUUUUGAUAAUGACUGGCCUUGCCAGUGGCCAGUUACUUGAUAGUCGACUAGGAGGAGUUAAGAGAAGCAGAUGGAUUAAGACUAACAGUUUAACUGUCGGAAUAUUGAUCAAAACUCUUAACGCAAAGAGAGAGGGCAGCCCGUGUUUUCUUGAGCGCGUAGAGUACCCUAGAUAAGCUUUAGGAUUUUGAGAUACUACUACGGUACUUUUACAUAUCUUUUGUCC